AUCCUGGGCUUCAACAGCAAAGGAGAGGUGGUGAACUACAGCGAGUCCCGGACGGCCGAGGAGAUCUGCGAGAGCUCCUCCAAGAUGAUCACCUUCAUCGACCUGGCCGGACACCACAAGUACCUGAAGACCACCAUCUUCGGCCUCACCAGCUACUGCCCCGACUUCGCCAUGCUGGUGGUGAGCGCCAACACCGGCAUCGCCGGUACGACCCGGGAGCACCUGGGCCUGGCCAUGGCGCUCAAAGUCCCCAUCUUCAUCGUGGUCAGCAAAGUGGACCUGUGCUCCCGCGGCACCGUGGACAGAACCGUGCGCCAGCUGGAGCGCGUCCUGAAGCAGCCGGGCUGCAACAAGGUGCCCAUGGUGGUGUCCACGCCCGACGACGCCGUGACCGCCGCGCAGCAGUUCGCCCAGUCCGCCUGCAUCACACCUAUCUUCACCCUGUCCAGUGUGUCUGGAGAGAGUCUGGACCUGCUGAAGGUUUUCUUGAACAUCCUCCCUCCGCUGAGCAACAGCAAGGAGCAGGAGGAGCUGAUGCAGCAGCUCACCGAGUUCCAGGUGGAUGAGAUCUACUCUGUUCCUGACGUGGGGACCGUGGUUGGAGGAACUCUGUACAGCGGUGUGUGCAGGGAGGGCGAGCGGCUGGUGGUGGGUCCGACCGAUGAGGGCCGGUUCCUGCGUCUGAAGGUGGGCAGCAUCCAGAGGAACCGCUCGGCCUGCCGGGUGCUGAGGGCCGGCCAGGCCGCCACGCUCGCCCUGGGCGCCUUCGACCGCUCGCUGCUGCGCAAGGGCAUGGUGAUGGUCAGCCCCAAGAUGAACCCGACCAUCUGCUGUCAGUUUGAAGCCGCCAUCGUGCUGCUCUUCCACGCCAAGACCUUCCGCCGCGGGUCGCAGGUCACCGUGCACGUGGGCAACGUCCGGCAGACGGCCACGGCCGAGUGCCUCCACGGGAAGGUCGGUUCACAGCACGGACGCAGCUCGCCGUCACUGACAUCACUGGUUAACGUCCUGGAUCAAUGGACGACUUGUCUGGUCUCUAAACUGUGGAUCUAGAAACAUAUUCACAUUUAACACGCUGACAUCACACAAGUUCACCUGUUUUAUCAUCAAAACUUACUUUUAUUAUUACGGAUUAAUCAGUUAUCAGAAGACUACUAACAGCUCUAGUUUAUAGAUGAUUUAAAAUAUGUGAUCGCCAUCUUGUGGCUGCUUCGUGUAACUCCACGUGACUGUGUGUGUGUGUGUGUGUGUGUGUGUGUGUGUGUGUGUGUGUGUUGUAUUGUGUGUGUGUCUCU